AUGCCGCCUAUCGGAGGGAGUAUGACGGGCUACGGCUCGGACCGGGCCACCAGCCCGGAUCGGGAGAGAGGAUACCGAAGGAAACGGCUGGCCGCCAUGGCGGGCAAUUUGUACAGGAGCGGCCAGGCAGCGGUCACCGAGAUCAAGGAAUCAUACGCCCAGACUAGGGCGCGAGGCAUGGACGGAACAUAUGAGAACCAUGGCCGGAUACACAUUCCAGGUGCCUUCCCUGAUGUCGCCAUUACCGUCCAGGGCGACGAUCAAAUGGUCCUGUUCCCUUCAUACGCGAAACGACAUACAAAGAGAGACUGGGGCGAGACAGCGAUGCAUCAAUCAGAAGCUGCGCAUGGAAGUAUCAGAGACGAGAACUUCUGGAGGCAGGAAUGGGAGAGAAACGAGGAUGAGAAUGCCAUCGUCGACGUCGAUGUCCGAGGUUGGAUCUACUCUCCUCAUACGGGACCAAUGACACGGAGGAAUCGAAUAUUAAUCGGCCUGGCUCGGCAGCUCAGCGGUAUACCAGCUCCAAGAGCUGAUCAGCCUUACAAUCUCAACACUGGACCCGCCCGAACUCAUCAGAUGCACGAGGAGCAACGGGAGCGGGAAAAGAUUGAGCAUGAAGCGCGGCGCAUUGAACGACUCGGACAGCAAGAGAAGCGUGUGGCCUAUCGCGGAGGCUACAGUGAGAGACCUCAGGAGAACAGCGACCCAGAGACGGACAGCUUCUACUUUCCUCGAUCGAAGAGUGGGAACCAGUCCCCAGACUCGGCUCCAUCAAGUCCAACGAUGCCAGCCAGGACCUUCUCAACAUCCACGACUGAGAUGAGUGAAGCAGAUCUGGCACUUGCUAAUGCAAAUCUCAUGGCUCGAAUAGCGCCAUUCAUGACGAACCCUUCUGUUGCUCUCCCCAUCACCCUCUUCUUCUACAACGACACCAAGUCUCAGUCAAGAACUGUCAUGACCAACGAUGCAGGUCAUUUCAUCAUCCGCGCUGCACUAGACUUUGUACCAACACAUGUUCGGGUUCUGGCGAGCGAGGAUCUAUCGGCGACUCAGGAGAUCAAGCUCAUUGAGCCUUACGGAGUUAGCCUGAUUAGUGACAUUGACGAUACUGUCAAGAAGUCCAACAUCUCAGGGGGCGCCAAAGAGAUCUUCCGCAACACUUUCGUUCGCGACUUGUCUGAGCUUUCGGUUGAAGGCGUGAGAGAAUGGUAUAAUCGCAUGUACCAGCUCGGCGUCAGUAUUCAUUACUGCUCAAACAGUCCAUGGCAGCUGUUCCCAGUCCUGGCCAGCUUCUUCAAGCUCCACGGACUACCGCCAGGAUCCCUUCACUUAAAGCAAUACAGCGGCAUGCUGCAGGGAAUUUUUGAGCCAGUAGCUGAACGAAAGCGAUCAACCCUAACUCGGCUGCUCAGGGACUUUCCUGAGAGAAGCUUUAUCCUCGUGGGUGACAGCGGAGAAGCUGAUUUGGAGGUUUACACAGAACUUGCUCUGAAUAAUCCUGGCCGUAUUCUCGCGGUCUUCAUCCGAGAUGUGACGACACCGGAAGAGACACCCUUCUUCGACCCUGGCUUUGACCCUAAUCGAUCAAGGACUCCAAGCGCAUACGAUGGUUCGCGAAAUGCUUCAUCUCAGAACCUAGUACCAGGCGCAUUCCGAGAAAGGAGACCAUCCGCAGGUCCAACCAUGGGAACCCUGAUCGACUUUUCUGAUGAACCUGGAGAGACAACUGUGGACCGCUCUGCCGCUCUCGCUCAGAUUCGGAACUCGAGCGUCCCCAAGACUGCUAGCACAACCGAUCUUCUUGGUGGACGUAAGCCUCCGCCGCCUAGACCAGCGAAGCCUGCAGCCCUUAGAAGCGCCAAGUCUAUCACUGAGUUGAACAAGGGCGUUGCUGGACUUGGACUCUCUCGACAGAACUCUGAGGAGCAACCUCCGCCUCCCCCGCCUAGGAAGCCCAUUGUGCAAGUCAGAGAGCCCACGGCACCACACCCGCUGUCGCAGAUCCAGAACUCUUCCCAGCAGAGUAUGGGCAGCAGCAACAGUGGCGGCUUUAAGAUCCCGGCACAACCGCGCAAUAGACCUGUGUACGAUGCUGAUCGUCCUCCUCCACCUCCCCCAAGACGGCGUGCUACCCCCUCCAACAUCACGGAGCCGGGUCCUCGUCCUCCGCCACGCCGUACCCAGACGACAACAAACCUAGAUGUAGAUUACGAACCUCUACCCCCGCCGACAAAUGGACCGCCAUCCUUUGGCACUGCCAGAUCCGGCAGCCGGUCUGACGGCAACACCCCGACCGGAGGCUCUCCCACCCUGGGACCUCAGGCGGUCAACAAGAAGCUAGAGUUAUGGAGGAGGAGAUUGGCGAGGGCACACGAGCAGCUAGACGGGCUAGGAGUUGCCUUGUACACUUGGCGGCGUGGCGGCGACGUCAUCGCCGAGGCCGAGGGCAUUGUGAAGCAAGCCCUCGCUGACAUGGAAAGAAAGAGGAGGAAGAGGUAG